AUGAAAGCAAUAAAUAGUUUAGAAAAAAAGACAGAUAUCAAAAACUUAAGUAAAAGUCCAGAUUUAAAAGUUUCACAUCCAUAUUUGGUAUCCAGAAAGUGUAAAAGUUAUGAAGAAAUAUUAUAUGAAAAUAAGGAUUCUUCUGAGCAAUUUGAAUUUAAAAAUAAAUUAGGAAAAAGGACAUCUUCUGUUCCUUAUGAAAAAAAAAAGAAACAGAAAGAAUAUAAUUAUAGCACCUCUGCUUAUAAUUCUCCGACGUUUUUGAGGUCUCGACGAUCAAUUAACUUUGAGCAUUUGUUUAAGAAAAAUAUGCACAGUAGUUCUCAAAAAACUAGUAAAUAUUUUGACGAAAAAUAUUUGGAAUAUUUUAAAGGCUAUCAGUUAAAUAUCUUAUGGAGACAUUUAUUAGCAGAAUUAUCAGCAGAAUUUGAAAUAAAAGAAAAUAAGGAAGAUUUGGUUAAUUUUUUACUUGUUCCUAAAGAAUUAGAAAAGGUUUUAUUGUUUGGUUGGCUUGUUUGUCUUGAUACUGUAUUGUAUUUUUUUACAAUAUCUCCACUUAGAUUUUUAAAAGCUUUAUAUAAGAUUUUAAAAAAUAAUAUUUUUUUAUUAAAAAAUAUGACUCCUAUAGAAGAGAAUCUGAAAUCCAGUGAAAAAAUUGAUCUUUUUGAAGGUCUUUUGAUCCUGGGAACAUGCACUAUUCUUCAAAAAUUAGAUGCUAGUCGUAUUUAUCAUAAUAUCCGUGGUCAGGCUACUAUUAAACUUUAUGUUAUAUAUAGUGUUUUAGAAAUUGGAGACCGUCUUUUUUCAGCAUUUGGGCAAGAUGUUGUAGAUUUUUUUUUUUCAAAAAUAUCUAAUAAAAAAAAUUCAAUUAAAGAUUAUUAUUUAAAUCUUAUUCCAUAUUUUAUUCUUACUCUUAUAACUAAUGUUUUGCAUACGACUAUGUUAUUUUAUCAAGUUAUGACCUUAAAUGUUACUGUUAAUUCUUAUUCAAAUGCUUUAUUAACUCUUCUUAUAUCAAGUCAGUUUGUAGAAAUUAAAGGAACUGUAUUUAAGAAAUUUGAAAAAGAAAAUGUUCUUCAAAUGACAUUAGCAGAUAUUGUUGAACGGUUUCAAUUAAGUCUAAUACUUACUAUAGUAUUGUUUAGGAAUUUAAUGGAAAUAUAUGAAUUGGAAUCUACAUUUUCAUUAUUUCCUAGUUCUUUUUUUCAUUUUUCUUCUUAUUCUGUUUUUUUUAUGGUUACAUCGCCUGUAUUACUAGUUAUGGGUUCAGAAAUGAUUGUGGAUUGGAUUAAACAUCUUUUUGUUAUAAAAUUUAAUCACAUGCAGUCAUCUAUAUAUCAACAGUUUAUAGGUGUGCUUUCUAGUUAUUAUGUUAAUUUUAAAAAUAAAAAAAAUAUGUAUAUUAAGAAACCGUAUUAUGUUUCUCGGAAGAUUGGACUACCUAUUUUACCUUUAACAUGUUUAAUAAUUCAGGCAUUUUUUAAGAUAUGGAAAAUUUUUUAUCCUAAUAAACCCUUUAAAACAAAAAUAUCAAACGAUGCAUUUUUAAAAUAUCCAUUUUUUAUUUGUAAGGAUAAUCUUUUUUUGUUUCAUGGAACUUUUAUUGUAAUUCUAUUUUUUUUAUGUUUGAUAAUUAUAAAAUUAGUUUUAAGUAUAAUACUUAUUAAAUUUUCAUAUACUUAUUAUGAUAAAAUUACGGAAAAUCAGAAACUUAAAGUAAAAAAACCUGCUUAUGUUGAUCGGAAGGAAAUUGAUGAAAAUGUGAAAUCAUCUUUAAAUGAUACCCAAAAUAAUCUUAAAGAUAAAAAUCAAAAGCAUAUAUUAUAUACUCUUGAAAGAUAUUCUAUGGUAAGCAAACGAAUAUAUUAA